AUGAAUUACGCACGGUUCAUCACCGCGAAGAGCGCGGCCAGAAGGCCUUCUCCCAUCCGCGUCUACACUGAGCUACAGAACAGAGCACCAAAAUCCGUCAUCUCCUUGGCUACUGGAUCGCCAAAUCCAAACACGUUCCCCUUUAAGACUGCUACUAUCAACAUAGGCAACCAGAAGGCCAUCCAGUUUGAUGAACAGAUCAUGAAAAGAGCCCUUCAGUAUUCUGAAAGUGCUGGAAUACCAGAGCUGUUGUCCUGGCUAAAACAGUUACAAGUAAAAUUGCAUAAUCCUCCCACCGUCCAUUAUCCAUCCAGUCAAGGACAAAUGGAUAUAUGUGUCACAUCUGGCAGCCAAGACGGUCUUUGUAAGGUGUUUGAAAUGAUCAUUAAUCGUGGAGAUAAUAUCCUCCUAAAUGAACCUGUUUAUUCAGGAACACUUCAAGCUCUGCGACCAAUGGGCUGCAACAUGAUUAAUGUUGCCAGUGAUGAAUAUGGGAUUAUUCCAGACUCCCUCAAAGAAAUACUUUCCAAAUGGAAACCAGAAGAUUCAAAGAACCCCGAGAAAAACACCCCCAAAUUUCUUUAUACUGUCCCAAAUGGCGACAACCCUACUGGAAACUCAUUAACAAGUAACCGCAAAAAAGAAAUCUAUGAGCUUGCAAGAAAAUACGAUUUUCUCAUAAUAGAAGAUGAUCCUUACUAUUUUCUCCAGUUCAACAAGCCCUGGGCACCAACGUUUCUUUCCAUGGACGUUGAUGGGCGCGUCAUCAGAGCGGACUCUUUCUCCAAAGUUCUGUCCUCUGGGUUGAGAAUAGGGUUUAUAACUGGACCAAAACCCUUGAUAGAGAGAAUUGUUUUACACACACAAGUUUCAACAUUGCACACCAGUACUUUUACACAGCUCAUGGUAUCACAGCUUCUUCACCAGUGGGGAGAGGAGGGCUUCCUGGCUCACAUAGAGAGGGUUAUUGAUUACUAUAGGAAGCAAAAGGAUGCAUUACUGAAAGCUGCAGACAAGUGGUUAAGUGGUUUGGCAGAAUGGCAUGCUCCUACUGCUGGGAUGUUUGUAUGGUUUAAAAUUAAGGGCAUUUCUGAUGUAAAAAAACUGGUUGAAGAAAAAGCCAUUAAGAAAGAGAUAUUAAUGGUUCCUGGAAAUGCUUUCUACAUUGACAGCUCGGCUCCUAGCCCUUACUUUAGAGCAUCCUUCUCUUUGGCUUCUCCAGAACAAAUGGAUAUAGCCUUCCAGAGAUUAGCCGAACUUAUAAAAGAAUCUUUGUGA